AUGUCCACAUUGAAUACAAGAAGUGCAAAUAACACGAACAGACCUCAUGAUCCGGAAAUGGACCGGCUAUCUAAAACUAAAGAAGCAGCCUGUGCUCAAACAAUCACAGAUGAGGUCCUUAUAAAAGAUGUUGGAGAUAAGGGCGUAAUAAUUUUAAACCGACCUAAGGUGUUAAAUACCAUAAAUUUAUCCAUGGCCCAAAAAAUAUAUUCCAUUCUUAAACAAUGGGAAUCUUCAAAGAAGCUGAUAAUAAUAGAAAGUAUGGGUGAAAAAGCGUUUUGUGCGGGUGGUGAUGUCAAUUCGCUUGCCUUGGCAUUGAAUGAACCAAAAGAUCUUUAUCUGAUUGAAGAAACAUUUAAACAAGCCUAUAUCUUAAAUCAUUUGAUCGGAACAUAUAAGAAACCUUAUAUUGUUAUCAUCAAUGGGAUAACAAUGGGAGCCGGCGUUGGAUUAGCUAUACUUGGCAAAUACAGAAUUGCCACGGAAAAAACUUUUGCUGUUCCAGAAACGGCAAUAGGAUUAUUUCCCGAUGCUGGUGCGACUUAUUUCUUGCCCAGACUGAAAGGUAAACUGGGUAUCUACCUAGGCCUGACAGGAUAUAAGUUGAAAGGUAUCGACGUUCUCUUUGCUGGAAUCGCGACGCAUUUUGUACCAUCGGAGAAACUCACAGAUUUGAAACGAGAUUUGUUAACGUUGCGUGAAGUCGACAUUGAGUUCGUUUUAAACAAGUAUCAACCGAAAUUAAAUCAUGAAUUCAGUUUGGCAUCUCAUAUGUCACAAAUAGAAAAUUAUUUCUCUGCUCCAACCGUUGAAGAGAUAAUUGAAAGGCUGAAGAAAGAUAAUUCAGACUGGGCACAAAAAAACAUAAAUGUACUACUCAAAAUGUCUCUGUCUUCUCUCAAAAUCACCAAAAGAGCGAUCGAUGAAGAAAAAGAAAAAUCCUUAGCAGAUUGUUUAAAGAUUGAAUUUAGAUUAGCUUGUACCGCUCUGACUAGAGACGGUGAUUUCUAUGAAGGUGUCAGAGCUCUCCUAAUCGACAAAGAUCGGAAACUAGUAUGGAAGCCGACAUCCUUGACUGAUGUAACGAAUGAAUAUUUAAAUAAACGGUUCGCAGUACUUCCUGUGGAGAAAGAAUUGCAGUUAUGUACCAGCAAAUUAUAG